UGGACAACCCACUAGUUUCAGUAUACUAAGUCAUGUUGGACUCUAUCUCUUACGGCCACAAUAGGAUGGCCCAUUUCAAGUGGCUUCUUGUCGGUGCCUUUGCCUUUGCUACGCUGGCCGUAGCGAAUCCUCUACCUGCGCCAGAGGCCAACCAACUUGAGACUCGUCAAACCGGGAUAAAUGCGAAUGAUAUCAUGAGCGGAACCUGCAAAGACUUCACUUUGAUCUUUGUCCGUGGAUCAUGGGAAGUGGGCAAUAUGGGUGUAGUCAUUGGGCCGCCCCUCUGCUCCACUCUGAAGGCGCAGAUCAGCCCUAAUCGAGUGGCUUGCCAGGGUGUCGGCGGCAUGUACAGCGCCGACAUACCUCAAAACUUCCUCACCCCGAACACGGAUGCGAAAUCUAUCGCGUCCGCGGCCACGAUGCUGGAGCUGGCGGCAACCAAGUGUCCAAACACCCAGGUCGUGGCUGCUGGAUACAGUCAAGGCACUGCCGUCAUUGACUACGCCAUCCAAGAAAUCAAGCACGAGGUCCGCAACAGGAUCAAGGCAGUGGCACUGUUUGGGUACACGCGCAACAUCCAGGACCGCGGUGGGAUUCCGGGCUACCCGCAGGACCGAACCAAGGUGUACUGCGCGCCGGGCGAUGUGGUGUGCGACGACAUUUUGCUUCUAACGCCGCCACAUUAUACGUACGCUGUGUAUGCGAAAGACGCAUCGGAAUUUUUGGCGUCGAAGGUGAAU